CGGCCAUACGUCUGCACACUAGCUAGGCGUCCUACGUCGGGUACAAGUGCACAUAACGGACGGUUUUGCGGAAGUGUGUCUGUCCAUGACCUUCCUGACGUGAAGCACGUCUCGUGUUCUGGAGCUGUUCCUGCUUCCUGAAAUGUCGGAGGCUAAGAGAUGGCAAAGUAUUCAAGAUAAACAUCUUCUCCGAUAAGCGGUUGUUAUUAUUAUUUUAUAGCAAAAGCAUCUUUACUGGGAACAAUGGUAAAGUAUUUCAACUGCACAGGCUCUCUUAAAGCCACAUGGGACCAAGUUUCACAAGCAUUCUGGCAAAGAUACCCAAAUCCUUACAGUAAUCACGUGUUGACGGAAGACAUCAUCUUUCGGGAGGUGACUCCUGAUAAUCGCCUCCUUUCCCGUCGCCUCUUGACCAAAAUCAGCCGAGUGCCACGCUGGGCGGAAAAGUUUUUUCCCAGCCACAUGGCACGCAAGGCCUACAUCAUCGAGGACUCUGUAGUGGAUCCUCAGGAAAGGACCAUGGUCACGUUCACCUGGAACAUCAGCCAUGCACGUCUCAUGUCUGUGGAGGAGCGGUGUGUGUACACGGGCAGCCUUGACAACAGCAACCUUACAGAGGUCAAGAGAGAGGCGUGGAUCUCGUCCAAUCUCUACGGCUUUUCCAGAGCCGUUCAGGAAUUUGGCCUUGCCCGAUUUAAGAGCAGUAUAGUAAAGACCAUGAAAGGAUUUGAAUACGUCUUGGCGAAAAUGCAAGGUGAAACUCCUACAAGGACGCUGGCAGAGACCGCAACAGAGAAAGCUCGAGAGACGGCACUCGCCGCUAAAGAGAAGGCUAAAGACCUGGCCUCUCAAGCACAAAAGAAACAAUAUGUAUGAUGAAGAGACAUUGACGACGGGGGGGGCACCAUCUUUCUAAGCCUGUGCCUGAUUUCAACUCUUGCACCCAUUCCCUCACUUAAGCCCUUCAGUAUUUUAUCGUUAAAGUAAAUUCGACUCCGUCGUGGAUUAAAAAAAAAAAAUCAUCCUUUCGUGGCCCACGUAGUCUGUGUUUACAUACGAUAUGGCUAUGUUCAGACAGGCAGGCUGAAGAAAUCCCAUUUUAUUAGGGUGUAUGAGAAGGAAACCUAUGAAAUCGGAUCCGAGGCACGUUUGUAUGCGGACAGAUUUCGGGACCUGCGAUGCGGACUGUGAAGGAGACGCUCGGAUCAUAACUGUAGUGCCUGUUGCAGUAAUAACAGCGCAGCACCCUGGUCAGUUCUUGCGUUCGUGCUGUCCGAGUUGAAUAUUAGACAGGACAUCGCCGUUAUAUAAAACACGAUCCUUGUAAUAUUUAUUUCCAAAGGCAAACGUUUUAGGUCAUAUGUGUCCGACCCAAAUUCCUUACUACUUUGAUUAGGAUUACUUAUGGAAUAUUGACGCUCGGUAUAAAAUGUCAAUUUUUAAGGAAUAAAUCAGUUUUGUCCUGCUGUCUGAACAUACGUACCUACGUGUUUGUUAUAUCUUACUAUGUCUCCCCUUAUUAUUUUACAGGGUAUUUAAAAAAAAAAAAAAUCCUUUUUAAUUCUUCUUUUUUGGGGAUUUUUUAUUUUUUUUUUAAAAAAUUUCCCCCCAAAAACAAAACACCUUUCUGUUUUGCUGUAUAUGAUUUCAUUGCUUCAAAUUGAAGUAAUAUGAGCGUUGAUGAGGUCCACAUUACCAAGCAGUCAUUGCCUGUAUGAGCUGCACGACUUUAAAAAAAAAAACAACAACAAAAGAUAGGAUUGCAGCAGAUGGCAAUGUCUGUGUAUAUGCUUGAAUCUUAGUGUUUAAAAUAAUAUUGACUGGAAAACAAAUCUUGAAAUGUAAUGUUAAAAGUAUUCACGUGACUCGGCAAAGCUCUUAAUUGACAUACAUCCUGCAUUCGUUUACUGUCAAUAAAAAUAAUCAUAAUAAAAUUGUGAUUUUUAGACACA